AUGGCUGAAAAACAAUCGGAGGUAUGGAAUCAUUUAAAUUUAUACUUAUUAUAUAAGUGUAUUAAUACUUUUAUCAAAAGGAAUUUUCCUUCAGUUAAAUUUUAUAAUAUGCUGAAUGAAGAUUCUAUGGAAUUACAAAAAGAUUAUUUAUCGUACUGUAGUAAAUUUCCUGAACAUUUAGAUGAAUUUGAACAAAUAAAAAAGCUUUGUUCAAAAUAUAUAACUUAUUUAAAAGAACAAGACAAAAUAUUGAUGAAUAGUGAACACGAAAAAAUGGAUUGCAAAAUUUUAACCUAUUGGCUAUAUGAACAGCUAAGAAUAACUUAUAAAAUGAAUCGAAUAAAAUGUACUAAUGCAUUAAAUGAAAUUAGCAACAAGUGGACUCUGGAUUCUUGGUCAGGAUAUAAAUCUAAUACUUACAGUUGUAAACCUUAUGUUUCUAUUAGUAGUUAUCACGAUAACUGGGAAUAUGCUAAAGAACUGUAUGAUUACUCUAUAGAUUUUGCUCACCUUAAUUCUAUUCAAGAUGAGUGUGAUGGUAAAUGUAACGAUGUUUGUGAUUACCUUAAUAAAAUUGAUAAGGUGUAUGAGAGUUUUAAAGACCGUUGUUCUACUAACAAAGAAAUUAUUUGCCCAUAUACUGGGAACCUUAAAGAACUUUGUUCUCAAUAUAAAGAAAAUAUUUGCCCAGUUCCUAGGAAUCAAUAUGAAGUAUACAAUACUAAAUUAUUGAUAGAAAAGUUGUGUCAUCUGACACCUCAGAUAUUAGAUAAUGUUGAAGCAGAUGCAUCUCAAAUAGAACAAGUAAAACCUCCUGUUGAAGAUGAGCUUUCCAGAGCUUCAUUAAUUCCAACGGAUUCUCAGGUGGAAACAGAAUUAAUAAGUGGCAAAUCGAAGUCUCUAAGUGUGUUUCGUAAUACUCUUUUAGGAUUAGUUUUAACAUCUACGUUAAUUGGUAUUUUAUAUAAAUUACAAAUUAAGCUUUCAAAUAAAUUUAAUAUUAUAAAAAAUCCAAAUGAAAAA